AUGUCCUCCACAAGCCCUGUUCCUCCUUCGGGCUCCACAAACAGCGAUCGAGCUGCUGAUUCCAGUUCAAGCCCUACGAGUUCACCACUAUUGUUCUUUGUUGCCCUUGGAUUCGGGGUCGUCUUCACGAAUCUAUGGAUCAUCGUUGGUGUCAAGUAUUGCUUUCGAUAUAAUCAACGGAAUCGCCAGCUACGAAACGAAGAAACGGGAGAACCAAUAGACUUGGUUACUAUGCCCCGUACGCAUAGACGAAGAAGGGAAAAGAAGUUGAUGACCAUGGACGAAGUUAAUCUGCGGUUUCCACUCACAAAGUACAAGGCAUGGAGGUCGACGCGGGCAAACGCCAACAUUCCGACCGCAGAGGCAAUAUCCGCAGCCGACAGUCUACACAGUCCAAACAUUAAGAACGGCACUUUGGUCGUAGAUACCAGUGUACCGCCAUCCUUAGUGAAACCUGCAUCGACGGAUAGCCAGCGGCAGAUUGGGUCCGCCAUCGCACAGCCUUCAACAGUUCCACCAGAUACUGGAACACAAUUCGCUCAAUUAAACGAAAAGACCGAUGGUCGUCCAGUUUUUGCUGAUUGCACGCACAAUCGUGAGGUAACAAGGUAUACCAACCAUGAGAUGAAACACGUACAUGAUCAGGACGGUUGUGAAUACCAUGGGUUGGAAGACAUCGGAGACGCUGAUCAUCCCAUUCGGACUGCAACACCGGCCGAGCUUCAUCCCACUCCCGGAGACUCCUGUGCAAUAUGCCUUGAUGCGAUAGAGGAUGACGAUGACAUACGGGGGCUGACGUGCGGUCAUGCUUUCCACGCAUCCUGCGUUGACCCAUGGUUGACAAGUCGGAGGGCCUGCUGUCCACUCUGCAAAGCAGAUUACUUCACUCCUAAACCUCGCUCUGAUCCUGCGGCAGAGCGUACGAGCACGGAUCGCCAUAGUAUGGUGGGAAUGCAUGCUCCUAGCCGACCGCGGCCUGUCUUUAUAGGAUGGCGAUCGAAUCUCUUUCGUCGAACAACGAUAUUGCCUCAGCGACUCAUGCAACGCGGGGGAAUUCCGCCAUCGCAGCUGUCGGGUGCACUCAAUGUCGAUUCGUCCAUGGCGCACAAUGCAUCUGACAUGAGGUCAGAAAACUCCAGACCUCAGCUCCGGGGAUCAUGGCGGCUGUUCCCUCGUUUUCGCAACUCUCUCCGACUUCCGCCCUCAAGUUGGCACCGUGCACCGAGGAAUGCGGGUACGGCCAUAGGUGUUUCUCAACCGAGUGACAGUCGGAGUCCUGCAGAAGUCGAAGCAGGCUUACGUUCUUAA